CAGCAGCCCGCGCAUCAGAAUGGCAGACGCUAAAUUACUCCUGCGAUGACCCCUCUUAACGACACCUCGCUGUUCCCCGUCGGCACGUACAAACUUCUCGCCUUUACUAUCGGAACCAUCGGCGUGCUGGGUUUUUGCAACAAUCUACUCGUUCUCGCACUUUAUUACAAGUUUAAGAGACUGCGGACGCCCACGAACUUACUGCUGGUGAACAUCAGUGUGAGCGACCUGCUGGUGUCGGUGCUCGGGACCAAUUUCACUUUGGUCUCGUGUCUAGAGCGAGGAUGGGUGUGGGACACCACCACGUGUGUGUGGGACGGAUUCAGCAACAGUCUGUUCGGUAUCGUGUCCAUCAUGAGCCUGUGUGCUCUGGCAUAUGAACGCUACAUUCGAGUGGUACAUGCAAAGGUCAUAGACUUCCCCUGGGCCUGGAGAGCCAUUACCCACAUCUGGCUCUACUCACUUGCAUGGACUGGUGCUCCUCUCCUGGGCUGGAACAGGUACACGCUGGAGAUCCACCAACUGGGCUGCUCUUUGGACUGGGCCUCUAAAGACCCCAAUGAUGCCUCCUUCAUCCUUUUCUUCCUCCUUGCCUGCUUCUUUGUUCCUGUGGGGAUCAUGGCCUACUGCUAUGGGAACAUUAUGUACACAGUGCACAUGUUGCACUCCAUUGAGGAUCUUCAGACAGUGCAAAUCAUUAAGGUCCUACGCUAUGAGAAGAAGUUGGCUGUCAUGUUUCUGCUGAUGAUUUUCUGUUAUCUACUGUGCUGGACUCCCUAUGCCGUGGUCUCCAUGCUGGUAGCUUUUGGCAAGCAGAAUGCUGUCUCACCCACUGUUGCCGUCAUCCCCUCAUUCUUCGCCAAGUCCAGCACAGCUUAUAACCCAAUUAUAUAUGGCUUCAUGAACAGGAAGUUUCGGCGUUGCAUGUUGCAAUUGCUGUGCUCCCAUCUAGCCCACCUGCAGUGCGGCAUUAAGGACCACCCCCUGACCUGUUCCAGCCAACCAGUACGUCCCAUUGUGAUGUCACAGAGCCGUGAUGACAGGCCUAAGAAAAGGGUGACUUUCAACUCCUCUUCCAUCAUUUUCAUCAUUGCCAGCAAUGACACAGACUCUCUGGACGUCAACUACAAAUGUAGGGCGUCAUCAGAGAUCAACAUGAUUCAAGUCCGGCCCCUUUAACAUAAAUACUCAUUUACAGUCACUUACUCUGCCCAUUGUCCUGGUUUAGUAGUUACUCUAUUGUCUUGUGUUGUUUACGCACAUUUGCCCAUGCACUAUAUGUAGAACGUGCAGGUCUUUUUUUAGUUCUGUGUCAUCACAUGUGGUUAGUG